AUGGCGUGUGCCGCACUCGCGAAGAGACUCAACCGCACCACGCCCUUCACCUUUCAGCGCUGGGGCAGCACCGCCGCCCUCUUCGUCAUCUUCACCCUGCGCAUCCUCUGGGUCCAGGCCUACUACAUCGUCGCUUAUGCCCUCGGCAUCUACCUCUUGAACCUGUUCCUCGCGUUCCUUACGCCCAAGUUCGACCCGGCGUUGGCGUCCGACAUGGCAGAGACGGACGCCGAGGAGGGCGCGCCCGGCCUGCCCUCGAGCCAGAGCGACAUCCACGACGGCGAGUUCCGGCCCUUCAUCCGCCGCCUCCCCGAGUUCAAGUUCUGGUACUCGGCGACCAAGGCCGUCUCGUUCUCGAUCAUCGCGUCGUGCAUCCCCGUCUUUGACGUGCCCGUCUUCUGGCCCAUCCUCGUCAUGUACUUCUUCAUCCUCAUGUUCAUCACCCUGAGGCGCCAGGUCGCCCACAUGCGCAAGUACAAAUACCUCCCCUUCGACCUCGGCCGCAAGAGCACGUACGGCCACAACUAG